AUGAGUGGACCAUAUUCGGCCAUGCCGGAUACGCCGUCCCCCGUCUAUCCUGAUCGUCUUAUCCGUCCUCUCCCGAAGCGUCCGUUGCGGUCUCGUCUUUCCCCGGAGGCUGCAGGGACGAUUAUGUUCCCGCCAGCCCCCCCAGUCUCUCAGUUGUUUUAUGGCUCCUAUUCCGAGCAUGGAGACACCCGGGACAGCAAAGUGUACAUGCAGCAAAACUCGGUAGAGUCCUACAGCCACGAACACAGCCCUGAUAGAGACCAGCGUCAUCCGUAUGAAAAUGGGGUCUCUGAAGUCGAGAGUGGGGAUGAGGGAAGCCCAGUCGUUGUCCGUCGUAGUGCUGGCUUUCGGGGAUCAUCGCUGUCUCCUUCCACCCCUGUUCCGAAUGGCCAGGCGGUUCAAUCUUCUCCAGGCGGGCCGGACGGCUAUGAUGCAUUUGAGAAUACCAACAACAAGAAAAAGCGAAAGAUUCCCACCUCAGGGGCCUUGAACAGCCACCAUUCUAGUCUCACUUCAGACCUUGCUAGUAUGGGCAUAUCCAGUUCCAUUGCAGGGUCGCCGGUGGGACUGGGGGAUUCGGCAGCUGGUACAUAUUAUGGCUCUGGUAGCCCUGCUACCUCGAGUGUAGGAAGUGUUUCUGGACCAGGGCGUGGUCGGUAUGGGCGCCAUGCACCGCGCGCUGUGGGCGGGCGUAAUUCUCUUUCUGUUCACCAGCAAAACACCUGGCUUAGUGGUCGAGCUGGCAGUAGUCGUCGAGACUUGACAUCUCCGCACUCAGGCACAGGCGAGACAGGGACCAAGUCAGACCAAGGCAUUAUCUCGACAGCGAUUGCCAACGCGGCCGCACUCUCUCCCUCGCCAAAGGGAGGGAAUAAUGUCAGUUUGCUUGAACAGCAAGCAAACAAGACGACCCCGACCAAGACGCAAUUCACCUUUACGUGCGAAUCGGACAGUUCCAAGAGCAUUGCAAUGCACCCUCCCAAUCCGUAUCCUCUCUCCCACCCACGCAUGCCAAACCCGUCAAUGAACGCGCGCGACUUUGCCACGCAGACAACUCCCAACAUGGGGGGACAACAUGGGCCUCCUCUGCCUGGUGGCGGGACGCCAACGAAUAACCCAGGUCAGCGGCCCAGACGGUCUCGGGAGAGCAUGUAUGCACUUGCAGCGCGGCGGCGUAAGAUCCAACAGCACUACGCCAACAUCCACAAUCCGCCGAGCCCGGAGGAUAUAUGGAUCUGCGAGUUUUGCGAGUACGAAACAAUCUUUGGGGAGCCGCCCAAAGCACUGAUUCGACAGUAUGAGAUCAAAGACCGCAAGGAACGACGCCGCCUGGCGGAGAAAAGACGGCUGCUCGAAAAGGCCAAAAUGAAGGGACGAAAGAACAAGAAGGCGACAAAGAACGCAGCAAAACACCCCAACGCCCAGCAACCUGCUCAUCACGGUUCGGACCAUCAUCAUUCGAUGGAUGCGCCGCCGCACCCGGAUGACUAUCUGGGUGAAUACGACGACGAGAUUCCGCCGAUGGCAGCUCCAGCUCCAGCUCCGCCGCAUGCUCACCACCACCGAGCGCCUGCGGUGCCGAGUGCUGGACGGCCGCCUCCUUUAGCAGGGCCGAUUCCAGAGGGCACAGUAGGCAGCGGACUGGAUCGGCCAGCCUAA